UUCAGAAUGUCUCAGAUUUGGGACUAUUUCGAAAAAGACGGGCAAAAAUCUAAGUGCAAGUUGUGUGGCCGCUACUACGCAAGAGGAAAAAAAUAAUUCAACGUUUCCUCAAAUCAGUCACCUUCAACGGAUUCAUCCUGCGCAUUAUACUAUAUUUACUAAAAAAAAUGAACAAACGAAAACUGUAGAGCCGACAAUUGCGAAGGAAUCUACUCCAGAAAUCGAAAUUCCACAAAUGUUCACUUCAGCAGCUAUUCAAAAAAAGGAGUCUGCCAAGAUUCAUCGGGCAAUCACUUCUAUGAUUGCAAUUGAUUUGAUGUCAUUAACGACUGUCGAAAAGCCGGGAUUCAAAAACCUCAUAGCUACGCUUCGCCCAAAUUUUAAACUAAAGUCCCGAUGGUCCAUUACACGCGAGGAUCUUCCGAAUCUGUACGAUGAGUACAAAGCAAAAUUAGAAGAUGAGCUUCUAUCUGUUGAUCACGCGGUUCUAGGAUUCGAUUUAUGGUCGGACGAGGGCAGCAAACACGAAGUGAACGGUGUAAUUGUCUACUUUCUCCAAAACAAUGAAGUAGUGCACCGUGUUCUCGGUGUAUUGAAUUGUCGUGAAUCGAAACAUACGGCUCAAAAUAUCGCUUUGGGACUAAAGGAAUUGAUUUCGGAAUACAAAAUUGAGGGAAAAAUUGUAUGUAUGUGCAGAGACGGAGGCAGCAAUGUCCAAAAUGCGUGCGAUUUAUUGAAAUGUGAAAGUUUUGAUUGCUUAUCUCAUAAGCUGCAUUUGGCAGCUAAUGAUGCAACGAAAAAUAUGGUUGGAGUUGGUCGUGUCCUUUUGUUAUACAAGAAACUCGUCAGAAAGCUCAAAAAGAGCACGGUGACCGCCAAGCAAUUCGAAUCGAUUCAGGAGGUUUUGGAACUUCCAGUAUUAUGCUUGCAAAAGUCUUCUUCUGUGCGAUGGAGCCAUAUGAAGUUGAUGUUUGAUAGGGCGCUUAUUCGAAAAAGCGCCAUUGAGAAGUUGAUGGAAACGAAUAACACACUUCCACAAUUGACUGAAAAUGAUUGGAAUGUUAUCCAGAAUGUGUCUGACGUUUUUACACCAAUCGAUUUGUUUUCAAAAAAGACACAGGAUCGCGAAACUCCCGCUUCUCAAGUUAUUCCACUCUGCUAUGCGCUUAUUGAUCAUUGCAAGGAAUCUAUCGAUCAUCCCGAAGCAUUCAAAGCAAUUGAAGACCGGAUGCAGAAAGAACUCAAAAAGUACAGUGCCUGCCGAUAUUUACAGUUUGCAACUCUCUUGGACCCGCGAUAUAAAGAUCACUUUUGUACGGAUGAGUUCAAACACAUGUUUAUCGAAGAAUUUGAGAAGUGUAAUGAAGAUGAUGUGUACAUUACUUCUGAUAACGAAGUUCGCCUUUUGGACUCACACAGUGAUUCUUCGGAUGAGGCACCCGCGAAAAACGCCAAAUUCGAUUUUGAGAAAUUUAUCGAGAAGAGAAUUAGUGAACAACCAAAGCCGAUUCCAAAUUGUGAUAAUUCACUGACUGCAAGAAUGGAAGUUCAACGUUAUUUGUCUACGUCGGUUGAACAAGUCAAUCCGCGACAGUUUUGGACAAGCCGUGUCACAACUUCAGUGUACCCUCGGUUAUGCAAAUUUGCAGCUCGAUUUAUCAUUUGCCCAUCCGGUUCAGCUGAAGUUGAACGAGUGUUUUCGACGGCAGGAGUUAUUUUAAAUAAAUUCAGGAAAAGUCUAUACAGCGAGCAUUUCAAAUUGCACUUGUUUCUGAGCAAGAAUAUCCCUAUUAUGGAUAACACGGAACCAAACUUAUUGACUUUUGAUGAGUGAAUUAUCGAUUAAUCGGUUUUAUCUCAUCGAAUAGUCUUCUCGAUCGGUGUUUUUUGUUCGGCUUUUUGUUGUAAUAGUGUUCAAUUGUUUCUAUUCUACAAUAGUAAAAAAUCUUUGUGUGUUUUCCCUACUGUUUUGUUGAAUCUAAUCAAGUUUUUUUUUUAAUUGUUGUUUUAAUUUGUUUAUCUCACAUUUUUGCACACUCUUCUGUGCUGCUGAAGUUGUUAAAUUAUAAGGCCAGCUAUGUUUUAAAUAAAGUAUAAAAUCAAU